AUGCAGACUGUCUACGGUUGGACUGCAGACUUAAACGGUCUCAAGCACCCGCAAGAUCAUCGACGCAGAUACACUCGACUAUGCGAUGCGAUUCGGAUUCUCUCGCCCGCCUGUGUGCUCGGCUUGCUCGUGCUAGCUGCUAUUUUCAUACCAUCGACGACGAGCCAUCGUAACGAAGUGGCGGGCCAUGAUCCUGAGUCGACCGGAUUGACGGCAUUCUUCACACUGCUCGAUAUGCUCGCCGUCAAGGGCACCUUGACGGACAAGAUGUGGUUGUUGCCACCAGCAGGCGUCGUUGCUUCCAUGACUGCCACCCUGUUCAUCUCGGUCGUACUCAUCGUCGUUUCCCUUGUCCUCCGAACACGAGCCCCAGCGAAGCAACGUUUCAUCGGCCUUCGUGCACUCCGAAUCGCGUCGGUCGUGUCCCUCGUACUCAGCUUUGUCGCUCUGGCGUUAAUUACCGCUGCAACGGUCACUUAUACGAGAGGUUCUCUGUCGGUUGGGCUCGCGCCGAUGGAAGCUAUACAGGCCAAGGUCGUACCAACGCAAGCUCUGAACGAAGGAGCAAACCGUCUCUUGCGUUUGCUGUCAGGUCAGACUCAUCUACAAGAGGCAGCCACCUCGCUCGGCGUUGUACUUUACGUCGAGCCAGAGACGACAAGUCCACUGCUCGGCAAGGGACCGUCCGCGCCUCUCGAGCAAGACUUUGAGCCCGUCCGUCAUCACGACCUUGCUAUCGAUGGUCUGGCGGCAGAGCAUGCCAUCCUCAAGGUACCUUUCAAGAUGAUUCCGGACACUCUCAAGCCACUGCUCCUGCUCUGGAUGGCAACUGUUUUUCAAAUACUUGUAACGGCGGCGACUUGCUGGCGCGAGCGAUUGGCAAGCCAACCGAGACACGGACGACAGCUCGAGGUUCAUCGGCUGCUCAAGAGCACCACAUCGGUCUGGGGUGAGCUAGAUGACGAGAACAAAUUCAAGCCUGUGCCUGUUGAGUAUGCCGGAGCGCAUGGCAAGCGCGACGCACCUUUCACGCCUCCCUUGCUCAGUCAAGAGGACCAGAUCGAGUACGGCGAGCUGGGCAGAUCGUACAACGAAGCGACGCAGCAAUUUGUGGAGCACGAUGAAGAGGAAGCAUGA